GCAUAGAGUUCGUGAAGGUUUAACAUUGCCGUUGCUGCCAGGCGAAGUUGAACUUUUGCGUAUAUCGCAUGUUAUCGAGGAUUGCGCGCGAGUUUUGUCCCUUGUCUCGUUGCAGUCGGUGGUCGAGCUUUAUCCUAGAGUGUUAGCAACGAGCGUGUUCCCUUGUUCUCUUUGUGUUUUCUCCUGGGCUGCUCGUAUAUGCAUAAGGACAUAGUCAUCGAGAAGCAAAGUUUUUUUUGGCCUUAUUUCGAAACGUUGUUUCGGGUGCAGUUCGAAUAAAAAAAAAAAAAAAAAAAAAAAAAAAAAAAAAUUAAAAAAACAAAAAAAAACCAAAACAAAAAUAACAAAAUAAAAAGAAAACAACAAAAUGUCGUACGCUAUUGUACUUUUAACAAUUUCGUGUCUCUGUACCGGCUUUGCAGUAGGGAUGGAAUGUACUUAUAAAGAUUCAAAGAAUUUGUUCGAAAAAAUGAUGACUAGUUGUCCCGUAUUAUGGGAUUCUAGUAAAUCAUAUUGUUGUUAUGAUUUAGCAAAUGAAAAUUAUUACUGUUGCACCCAAGAAGAAUUUGCUAUGACAAUGGGACUUGGUAUCAUCGUACCUGUGGUUAUCGCUGCUGGUAUUAUUGUAUCAUUAAUAGUUUGCUGCAUUUCUUGUUUAUACUGCAGCUGCUGCCCAUGGUAUCGUCGACGCCAUCAAGGCACCGUUUAUGGGAAAGUACAAACACCAAGUGUUGUUCAUGUGAUACAAACUUCAACAAAUCCUCCAUCUGAUUAUGCCAAUCAAACAGAGCAAAAUCAUUAUACACCAUAUCCAACUAAUGUUGGAGGAAUGCCACAACCACCAACAGCUUAUACAAUCGAACCUUAUGGCCGGCAGGCACCAUAUAAUCCCGGAUACGUACAAUAAUAACAAAAACACCAGUAUAAUCUAUAUAUGAAUAUAUUUAGUAUAACUUCGAUCAAAUUGUUUGUUACCUUCAAUGUCAAUAAUUCAAAUUACAGUUUUAACAAAAAACAAAAAAAAAACAAAAAAAAAAAAAAAGAAUGGAUGCCAUAAAAAUGUUCACAUUUUGUACUAUUACAUCAAUAUGGAUUUUAUAUCUGUUGAAACUUGGAAUAAAUUUGUCGAACAUAUUUUGGAAAAAAGAAAAAGAAGAAAAAAAAAGAUAUAUAAAUAUUCCUCAUAAUAUACUUAAUCAUUUUCAAAUAAUAAGAAUGAUUUUCAUUUAUAAAAUAUGCAAAUAAUGUUAAACUAUUUUCAUGCUCUGUUAUAUUAUAUAUUUUCGUUUUAAAUAUAAGGCGAAUAUAUUAAGAUUAA